AUGAAGUGUCAUGAGCCAGAGGUGGUACAUUGGUACAUGUGUUUUUUGCUUCAGGUGACCUGUGAGAACUUUGAGAUUUCACAAGGCUGCAACCUAUCCCAAGGCGUGAUCUUUGCCGCUUGGCAAAGGCCCAGCGGUUCCUUUGUUUCUGGCGCCCAAGAGGACCGAGGCUGGCCCGUCCAUGAGGAUGUCGCGUCCACGUUUUGGACGAAUGGUGCGGCGGAUUGGGUGCAGCUCUCCGCCUUGGGACUUAUCACUUGGUGGUUGGUAAGCUAUUUCGUGAUGUUGUACGUGGCCAUUCGCCUCUGGGACGCCAAUCCGCAAGCAUCAAAAGAUGCCAUUGCACAAGGUACUCUUCGCCAUGCCGUGGGCAUUGCUUUGGUGGUGUUGGCCUAUUUUAGUGGGUGGGGCUCUCCUCGCCGUGGCGGUUGGUUUUAUGGGCCGUAUUGUCCAUAUGGAGAGGAACAAGAUGCAGAUCGCUUGACAUUUUCGUAUUGGUGCUUCCUGAGCUGUGCAGUCCUGCAUGUCACAAUCUGCACGGUGGCGGCCAUGUUUCAUUCUGUCGUGGUGAGGAGAGCUUUGUACCCAGAGCACAUCGUUGUGGUCUCUCGAAGCCAGGUUUGGGUUCAGCGAGUUUGGAGAAGCUGUCUUGCCAAGUGCAGUGUGCUGCCAGGCACUGAUGAUCUUCGCCUCAAGACGUGGAAGCAGGCAGGGAACGAGGCAGGAACCCAGGCAGAGGCGAACAGAGGAACAAUUCAGUCGUUGGGCUAUUCUUUCUACGCCAAGCUGAAGGCACAAGCGUUUUGGAAAGAGGUGGAUUUUGGAUACCUUCAGCUGCCAGGUGUUUGUAACUUGUCUUUGGGCUACAUCCUGAAGAUCCAAGAUGGGGACCUGAAGCCGCUGAAGGAAGGCUCUGUCCAGGUCUACCAGGUUCUCAGCCGUAUCAAUGCCCCCAUGAGCCGCAUCCGCGCUCCCAUUGAGCGGGCUGAUGCUGAUCACUGUGAUCAAGUAGAAGUUCCAAAGGAAAAAGAAAAGAAGAUGCAGAGUAAGCGCGGUGAUCCGAUCGCGGAGUUGCGCCGUGGCCACAGGGUUGUUCUUCGAGCGCCGCCUGGCGACAAUGCGAGUAGCGACGCAGCGUGCUUCUUCAGUAACUUGUUGCUGCUGGUGAAUUCAGCCUGUGUUCGUUUGGAGAAGCGAGUGCGCAUGCUGCCUCAGCAUGAACUUGAGAAACUCUGCCAUGAUUGCUACACGUUAAGCACGUCGCACUUGUCAAGGCCAGAGCUUUCUACCCUGCACAUGCCUAGGCUGUUCUGCCACCAGGCCAAAUCUGAUUUGUCAGGGCUUAGCUGUUCUACUUACUACUUAUUUUUGUUUGAGUUGGGAUGA